CACGAGAAUGCUUACUAAGCACUCGAGACGCCUUAAAAGCGGCAGAACGGUCAUCAGUGCCGUCACCAACGAAAUGACCACCAUGGGAAGACUGCUGGCCGUGGCCUUGGCACUGCUUGUGUGCGGCCCACCCAUGCUCUGCGCCCGGCCUUCAGAGUAUCAGCUGGACUCGAGCGUGAUGCCAUGCGAGGCAGCCAGGGCCGCGCCCCAUCGACCUGACCGCCGGCCGCAAUGCACUCACGAUGGACGCUUCAGGCCUGUGCAGUGCAGUGGGCUGGGCCAAGAGUGUUGGUGCGUUGACGGUGAAGGACGGCAGGUGGCAGCGACUCGAAGCAACGGCUCCAUUCCGCAGUGCGCGUCAGCAUGCCAUCUUCAGUCGUUCUCGCGAUGCUCGCCAUUGGGUCACUUCCUGCCGGUGCAGUGUGACUCCGGUGGGAGGCAGUGUUGGUGUGUGGACCAGGACGGAAUGGAGCUUUACGGGACCAGGCAGUCAGGGACGCCGCACAGCUGUCCCAGCAGCUGCUCGGCACUCUCUCGUCGUGUCCUUCACAAUGCCGUCUUGUCGUCGCCCUCUUCAUCGUCUUCACCAUCUUGGUCUUCGCCACCGCAGUGUUCCGAUGACGGCAACUUCCUUCCCGUCCAGUGUCGAUUUGUCAACAUGACGGACAGGCGAGAGCUGGACAUGUUGCACGCCUUCAACACAUUUCCAGAAGCCUUUUCCACAUUCAAGUCUUUCCGGGAGGCCUUCCCUCUGGUUUCGGCCUACUGCUUUUGCUCCGACAGCAGGGGGCGUGAGAUGGCCGACACAGGUUGCCCAUGUUGUGGUGCAGGUGUGGAGCUGCUGCCGUCCGACGUGUACGAUUCUGCCUUUUCCGAUGUCGGCGUCGCUCAUUCGUUCGCCGAGUCGACGGUUUUCAAAGUUUUUCAGAGGAGGAUGUUGGGAGUUCACCUCACCGUCAGCGGACAUUUCCGAUGUCCUUCGGCGUGCGAGGAGGAGCGGAGGGCGGCUAAGGCAACGUUGGCCGUUUAUCUGCCGUCCUGCCUGGAGGGAGGGGCCUUCGCCUCCAAGCAGUGCCAGCAGGGGGGGCAGUGUUGGUGCGUGGACCCCAUGGGAGCCGAAGUUCCUGGGACACGGCAGCACGGCGACUUUCUGCAAUGCGGUGGUGUUGCAUCUGAGGACUGCGUCUCACUUCGUCGUGUGUCGCUGUCUCGCUUGUUUUCGGGACCUCUGGAAUCUCACCUUCCCGCCCCCUCAUCAUCGGGAGACUCUGCUUCCUGCCAAGUCCUCCUGCGAGCAAUAGAAGCUCUCCUUCCGAUGGAGCCGGAUCCCCUCUCCUUCCUGUCCGUCAUGGUGGACGUCCUGCAUGGUCUUUUCCCCUCGGUGGGCAGAGCUUUGGAGGCUCUAGCCAGCGCCCCCACUCACCGUCUACAGGAGUUUCUGUUUGGCGGGAAGUUCCUGAGAAACGCGGCCAGCUUUAAUCUCAGCGGUGCAGUGGGAACACAGGGGGGCUUACGCAUGGAUCCCGUCUCCGGCCCAUCACGACAUCAGAAUCUAGUCCUUGCUGUGGGCCGCGCCUUGGAGGACCGGGACUUUCUAGCCGGUGUCAGACUCACCCUGAUGAGUAGUUCAGGAUCCGCCUCCCUGCGUCAGGCGCUGACACCAAUUUUGCAUUCCUGCACCGCCACCAGCAGCCCUGAAGGCGCUGCGGCGGCGGCCGUAUUUGUCCCGAGCUGCGCGACCGACGGCUCCUUCCAGGAGGUUCAGUGUCAGGGCGGAGAGUGCUGGUGUGUGACCACCCGAGGCGGAAAGAUCGAUGGAACACAAGUACGCGGGGUCCGGCCUCGGUGUCCGUCGCGCUGCGAGAGCGAGAGGGCGGCCGCCCUGCGCAUGAGAGACAAGAUGGUGGCGGGGGCCGACGUCCACGUUCCGGCGUGCUCGCGGGACGGACACUUCCUGACUUUGCAGUGCGGACGCUCCGGGUGCUUCUGCGUGGACCAACGAGGGGUGCCGACCGCUGCGCCCUCACCGGGCGCCCACCUGGCCUGUGCAGACAUGAGCCCUGAAAAUCAUCGCUCCUCCUCAGGCCAGUGCUUCAGGGCAUUACAGGCUGUGGUGACCUUUGGACAGGAAGUCAGCAAGGCGAUGACUCUCGCUAUCUCCUCCCACAUCCCCACUGGAUAUGCCUCCCUAUCGGCCGAGAGUCUGCUUCUGACCCCGGAGGCGCUGCCAUUGUCUGAUUGGCUGCUGAGCCGCUCCAAAGUUGCGCUGCGACUGGCCACCAACUCCACCGUGCAGAUGCUGCGGGCUGCGGGACGUCUCGCCUAUCAGCCGUUCAGUCCGCAGUGCGACAAUGACGGGGAAUGGCGGCCCACGCAGUGCUACCACAGCACAGGUCAGUGUUGGUGUGUCGAUGAAGAUGGCGACUAUGUUCCGGAAUCUCUGAGCAGUCGCUCACUGCCCCUGGUCAGAUGUCUCACGCGCUGUCAGAGAGCUCAGAGUCACUCGCUGCUUUCUGGUUGGCUGAAAGCCUCUGACAUCACAACGAAUGCUUCAGGGUACCACCCACAGUGUGACGGAGACGGUCGCUUCUCCGUACUGCAGACAGAGGGCGGCGCAGGCUGGUGCGUCCACCCUGUGAGCGGAGAGACCCUGCGGAAUGCCAUCCUGAGUCCUGACGGACAACUCACCUGUCCUAGCUGGUGUGAGCUUCAGGGUCUUCGGUGUCACCCCGACGGUUCUUUCAUCCCUCUUCAAUGUGACGUCACCUCCUGUUGGUGCGUGUCUGAGGACGGACUGGAAGUGUCGGGGACCCGGCAACUCCAAGUGACAGGUGGCAUGGUGUCUUGUGAACGUCCUGACGGUUGUCCUGCCGCCGCCAUCGCUCACGGAACCCUCGUGUGCGGCCCUGCGCAAAAUGGCCGCCAAGGUUGUGACUUGGUGUGUCACCGCGGGUACCACGUCGCACUUCCCAUCCGCAGGUUCACAUGCGACACGCUCGGUCGUCGGUGGGAGGGCAACCUCCGACCUCUGCCUGGAGCCUGCCAGAUGAGUAUGCCUCCUCAACGUGUGUGGGCGUCUCAUAAUUGGUCGUUGGUGGCGGCGUGUCAAAACCCCCGAGCGAUACGCUCGCAGCUGUUACGUGACAUGACCAGCGGGGGGCUCUGCUCAGCUCAACUCCCAGCAUCAGGGCGCAGCGUUUCUGUGUGCCGCAACUCUGCGUUGCGUGUGCGUUGUCUCGGCGACACAUCCUGGAGUGUGACGAUCACCUGGAAUGCCCACAUGUCUGACCUCCCGACCUCCGAACUGCCCACCCUUUACGACAUUGUGACGUUCCUCAACGUCUCGCGUCUCCUGGCGCGUUUUGAGCGUCUACUGACUCAGCAUAGCAACAUCACUUCACGACCUCAGCUGGUAUCCUUGACUCCGCCGCGAGUUGGCUGUUUCCACGGUUACCGACUAAGCGACGACCAUGAAGGCUGCGUCCUUUGCCCUGCCGGCAGCUACUCCGCCGACGGCACGUGUCUUCUGUGUCCCAAGGGGACCUAUCAAGACACGGGAGGGCAGGGCGUGUGCGAGCGGUGUCCAAGAGGCUCCUCCUCCUCUCCCGGAGCCUUCUCCAUCAAUCACUGUUUGACCGACUGUCAGAGGCGGGGCCUUCGCUGCACUGAGAUCGGUGACUUACUGCCCGCUCAGUCUGACCUCCUGUCUGCCACGUGGCGCUGCUUUAACAGUGAGGGGUCGGAGCUUGACUGGACCAGGACUAACACAUCCCUCACUGAUGAUGACUGCUCAGUCCUCAGAAAGUUUCAGAGUGUCCCGAAAUCAGAGGUCAUCUUCAAAGCUGAAGACACGGAAGUCCUGCAGCGCAUGACCUUGGACCUCAGACAGUGUGCUCAAGCGUGUGCUAUGGAGCAAUCCUGUCACCACAUGGCGCUGGCCGGCGGCCACUGCGUCAUGUACAGCACGCACCCUCUGAACACACACUGUAACGUUUCUGACCAGGCAAAGGGAUUUCUGGGUAACAGUCAGGCCGAGCUCUUUGGACGGUUGCGGUGCUUGGUGAGGGUGAGGGGCAAGGCCUCCGAUGUGCUGAUUGUCAGGAAGAUUGGGGCGGAGUCUACUUCUGGCUUUUUGAGGUCAUCCAUGGCAAAGGUGGAGUCCGGCGUGUUUCGCACGUUGGUAUUCACAGACGCGUUGCUAGCCGACGCCCAUCGUUUCUGUGAGCUCAGCUGUCACCGGGACGACUGUUGCCACGGCUUCAUCCUCAACCGCAACAGCCUGAAGGGCGGUUCUGUGCUCUGCGGUUUGCUGAGAGCGCCAUCUGUCUUGAUGUGCCGCCAAGGGGACUGGGACGGGAUUGGCCAGAGCGCCGCCAAUCGCAUUUGCGGGGUGGGGCUCAUAUACAACAAGCAGCGGCGUAACUUCCUGUUUGACUUUGGAGGACAGAAAUUUACCAUCACUGAGUCAGCACUUCCUGCCUCCAACACGGACAACAAAGACUACCAGGCAUCCAUCGUAGACUUCCAGGCCAUCUACCUGAGAGCAGACCAAUCAGAUGCUGUUUCCUGUGCAGUCAGCGGAGAUUUGACACAGACUCUUGAUGUUUCAGUGCAGAACAAGUUCACGUCGCUGUCUGAAGACGACGUGUUGGUGAACACUCAGAGGUCCCUUCCUGUACUGUCUUUCCUGCUCAACAAGAAGGUCUUCACUCCCCAACAUGCUUUGCUGUGGUGUCUCACACGCUGCGACGGCGAGCCCAGCUGCUCGCUGGCCGAGCUGAACGACACAGACUCGACAGAUUUCUUCAGCUGCUUCCUGUUUCCAGACAGUCGUGUGUGUGGCGCCUACGACACGCCACUCAGACGCCCCUGUCGCCCACUGCUGGCCAGGAAGCCAAAAAACACCUUCAGCAAGAAGGAGGAUCUGAGGGGUCCGGUGAAGAGCUUCUACGAGCGAGUUUCUUUCAGGAAAAUGGUCACUUACUCGGUGCGCGCUCGAGUUAAUGUGAAUGCAAAGACGCCGCUGCCCGAAGGGUUCAUGGAUUGUGAGCGUCGUUGUGAUGAGGAUGCCUGUUGCCGUGGUUUUGGCUUCAUCGCAGACUCCAAAGAUGGUGGGUCGGGUAUUACGUGCGUGAUUCUGCUCAGUCUCGGAAUUCAAACGUGUGCCGAAGAGCGACAGACCUCUUGGAGCGUCGCCGAUUGUCAAGCCGGCGAGGUCAGUGCGUGGCCACAACCUUUUGGCUGGUACCAAAAACCUGUCAACCGGUGGACGUCGUCUCCGGCCUUGUGUCCUGCCUUCCAUCUGCCAGCUGUGCCAAACAACGUGUCCACGGAGCAGUGGAGUCUGCUGCCCGACUCAGCGCUUGUGCUGGACGCGUCCUCACCUUCUUACGAUGUCAUACACAUCAGCCGCGACAUCGCUGCCGAUCCUCUUCGAACCAGGGAUUGGUGUCUCCAUGCCUGCCAGGAGGCGAAGUCUUGCGCCGCCGUGUCAUUGGCCGAGUGGGAGUCGGCCACCCGCUGCAUCUUUUACCCCGACACCACUGUGUGCGCCGUAAGCUCCGCCCCUGGCUCGGAAAGCCCCGCCUUCACCUGCCGGCUGGUGGUCCGAGAGCCCGCCCCCCAGGUGUACCUGAGGAGAGCGGCGGCGGCGGCAGAGACGAGCGUGGCCAUCGCGGGUCACGGCAUCCUAAGGGGCAUCACCACGGAAACAGCGCUGGGCUUGGGCAGGAAGCGGGUGCUGCAGUUCCUUGGCGUUCCGUAUGCCCGUCCGCCCAUCGGAUCGCUACGCUUCCGAAGCGCGCAGCUCCCUGAUUGGAAUGGGACCCGGGAUGCCUCCAAAGCGCGGUCCGGCUGUGUCCAACCGGGCAGAGCAGACGCCAGCGAGGACUGCCUCUACCUCAACGUGUUCAGGCCUGUCGCCAUGAAGGGGCGCCUCCCGGUGCUGGUCUUCUUUGUCAACCCAUUGACCGAUAGCAACCGAGCCAUCCUGGACGGCUCCGCCCUCGCGGCGAUCGGAAACCUGCUGGUGGUGACGGCCGCGUACAGGACGGCGGCUCUCGGUUUCCUCAGCACAGGUGCGUCAGACGUGGGCGGCAACUGGGGUGCGUCAGAUCAGGAGGCGGCCCUGGCCUGGGUCAAGGCCCACAUUUCAGCGCUGGGCGGAGACCAGAGCAGAGUGACGGUGGGGGCCGAAUGCGACGGCGCCAACAUCGUCAGCCUGCUCCUUAUGCGCCGCGCGCCCCUUUUCCAUCGCAUGUUGCUCAUGGGCGGUUCGCUGUUCUCUCCGACGUUGUUCCAAACGCCAUUGGCCGCCAGACGGCUGACGUUGCGCCUGGCCGCCGAGCUGGACUGCGGCACGGAUGACGACCACCGCUUGAUGGCGUGCCUCAGGGCAGCAUCUGUGCACGCGCUGAAUGCCGCUCAGACUAAGCUGCUGGUCGCUGGCGGGCCACUCCAAUUCUGGUCACCCACGUGGCCCCGCGACGACGAUGCCGCCGCCGGGGAGCCGGCGUUCCUGCGCAGAGUCGACCUCCUCCUCGGAACGUCGCAGCAUGACGGGAUCAUAGCCCGGAUGCAAGGCGUCAAGGAUUUUGCAGCGGCGCCGCCUGGUGGCAAGACGGCGUUUUACCAGGUGCUGAGCCGCUCGCUGGUCGGUGCCUCGGGAAGCUCGCUGCUGAAGGAGGCGGCCACGUGGUUCUAUUCGCUGGACCAUAGCUCCGCCCCCGCUGGAUACAAUCUCUUCUCACGGGCCUUCGACAAUGCCACCAGAGACCUGUUGGUGGUCUGUCCCAGCUUGCGGAUGGCCAGCCACUAUGCAAAGAGCGGUGCCAAUGUCUUCCUGUACCACCAGCCAGACAGCGGCAGCAGGGACGAGGACUCGCUGCCGCCGGAUGUGCAACUGCUGUUUGGAGCGCAGCUUCGGCCCACCGCCUCGGCGCGCUUCACUGCCGCCGAGCGGCGCCUCUCGCUGGCCAUCAUCAGCUACGUGGCCAACUUCGUCAGGAGCGGCAAUCCCAACCCUUCAGCGUCAUGGCCGGCGACCUCUCUGCCCCGCUGGCAUCCGGUACUGUCCUCUGAAGCUCCGCCCAUCUUUCUGGAGCUUAGUCCCACCCUCAGCCAGAAGCAAGGCCUGCGCCAGAGGAGCUGCUCUUUCUGGAAUCAUCUGGCAAAACUGCUCACGACAAACGGCCAGCUGGAGGAGCAGUCUACGUUCGACCCUGAACUGCCGCUGGAUUCAGCGCACGGCCAAUCGCAGAGCGACAAAGACACGUACAACUGACCGCGACCUCUCCACGACCGCCGUGAAGUCGUCAUCGCCGCAGUGUGAUGUCAUCACUCGCAAUAUGGAAAUGACUUGUUGAUUUUUUACUGAUCUUUCUUCAAAGAAUCAUUUCAUAAAUAAAAAGUACAAAUUGCAA